CAAUCUCGCGUUGCUGCGGUGAAUUUACCGAAAAACGAGCAUAGUGGCGUAUAUUUGUGCCGUUGUGGUCUGUAACGUUGUGGUCUGUAACGUUGUGGCGUGUACCGUUAUGGCCUGGGAUGGGUUGGCCUGGCUGUAGGCGACUGGGUGUGGAGACGUAUCUGAUGGCCGGACACUAAGGCCUGGUGGAAGUAAUCGUGGUGUACACAGUUGAGCAGCCUACUACGUGUGGUAGUUGUGGUAGAUGCACUAUGUGUGCCAGGUGUGCUAGUUGUGCCGGAUAUGGUACACACACGACACAUGGUACACACACUACACACAUUACACACAUUACACACACUACCCACACUACCCACACUACCCACACUACACACACUACACACACUACACGCACCACACGCACCACACGCACUUCGCCUCCAGCGAAUUGGCCCGCCCCAUUGCCAAUUCCCAAUGGCCCAUUGGAGCAGGCCCCAAUGGCUCAGGCCCUCAAGAAAAAGAAACAAAGCAACACGCCGUUGUUGAAGCGGCUUUGGCCCCGCGGUGGUCUGUGUGUCCCCCAACGGCCAACGGCCCAACAUUUUCAACAAGGGGGAUGGGCUGCGCGAAAGUACAACACACACACGCCAAUUGGCUCUAAAACCGCUAGCCAUCUCAGCUGAAGGGGGAAAUAGACGUAUCAAAACCCAUACAACAGCACAAUUCCACGUAAAACACAGUAGAAACACAGUAGAAACACACACUUGCGAUC